UUUAUUUUUUUUUAUUUUUUUUAGUAACUACUUUUUUGGAUUUUUUUGAAAAAAAAAAAAAAAAAGAACAUUGUACUGGACUGCAAGUGCUGCACAAGCCAUGUCUGAAAGUAUUGUCAGGAAAGUUCAACCUUUCACCAUCGGGACCAAACUUUCGGUCCCGGCAGUGCCGAAAGGCACAGAUUUUGCUGACAGUUUUUUGCCAAGCUCUUCUUUGGAUAACUGUAAAAUGCAGCACAACUUGAACAAUCAAGUCUCCCUGUACCUGGGCCACUCUCCAAUCCAUCCAAGCGACUCACACUUUUCGCCUAUGGCCGCUCGGGUGCUUCUCACCGAGAGGUGUCAGGAGGAGAAGGCUGAGGAGGACCACCUGAACAGAAACGCUGUCUCCCCAACAGCAUCCUCCCGCUCCAUCAAAAAGAUCACCAUCUCCAGCUGGACGGAGAAAACAGGGGACAAGGUGGACUCAGUGGCACACUGCCCAAAGGUCAUGGCAGCCAAAUCAGAGAACUCAAACAACAAUAACAAUGCAGCCAUCAUUCCACCCAAGAUUGUCGGAGUGAGCUGUGAGAGUAAACCCAACUCCCACUUUAAGGUUUUACUCAGGAAAGAGGACGAAGAAGAACAUAAAAACACACGUAGCAGCCAUGGGACAGCUGGAUUUUUAAGGCCGACAGUGCUCAAAGACUUCCCCAGUCAUCUGCCUACUGAAUCGAGGGCCCCAUUUUUGAGAAGGGAUGUACCAAAAAAGGAGAGCACAGUCCCUGGAAAUGUGGAGAAGCACAAACAGCAGAGUGAUUACAGCCUAACACAACGCAUAACACAGUUUAACAGAGAAAUACUGCAGGCUGAGACAUGGAUUAAAGGGACGCUGCAGGACUUGAAAGAUGGAUGUAGCAUUCAGCGGUGCCCCCUGCAGGACUGGGAACAGGUAUCACAAACCUUACAAAGAGACCUCAAAGACUUCGAGAAAACCAUGAUACAGCUCAACCAGAUGGGAGAGCAACUUAUCUGCAAACAGAACCCCACUUCUGACACAGUGAGGAAGCAACUUAGUCAACUCAAGGACCAAUGGCAAACGUUAAAACAAACUGCUGCCAAUCAGUCGAAAGCACUGGGUGGAGCCAGGAAUCUUCAAGAAUUCAAUAGAAAAGUUGAUAAGCUGGAAUCUUGGCUCAAAGGAAAGGUAUCUGAAGAAGAAAAGCAGUCACUUGUGGUGCUUCUGGAGGAGAAUAUUGACAAAAUGCAGCUCACGAGAAGAAUACUGGAUUUGAAACAGGAUGAACAGCAGUACCGGGCCCUCCAUGAUGAGAUUGACAGCCUGGCUGUCAGAUUGGAGAAACAGGGAAAGAAUGAAGGGAAGAAUAUCUCAGCAAGAAGAAAGCACAUCAAUAAAAUGUGGUUAAAAACCCAGAACCUCCUCAAAGAUUAUCAUGAAAAGCUUCAGCUGGCUUUAGAGGCUUCUUCCUUUAGCCAGCAGGCAGACAACAUCAUCAGAGCUACUAAUAACAAGAGGAAGAUCGUCUGUGGUGCAAAUGGACAAGAAAACAGUGGGGACAGAGAGAUGAGGGACAUCGCUAGUCAAAUUAUGAUGUUGGAUGUGACUGUUUCUCAGCUGUCAAACCUCCACCCGACCCUGGCAGAAAGAGUUACUCAGAAGCAGAGAGAGGUGAAGAACACCUGGGCUCUCCUCCAGCAGGCUGUCAGGAAUGAGAAGUCAGGUCUCCCGUCACCAUGCUCAGAUUUCACGAGGGAAGAUGGCGACCCCUUGACCUCUACCCGGGAACUUCAGUGCAGCAUGGGAAAAGAGGUGCAAAGGUUCAUGGGAAAAGAGGUUCAAGAAGAACAGAACAGGCUUAAAGAAUGUGUGGCGAGUGAAGCAGUGCAACCUGGUAAAAGCAGUACAGAGGCAGGUGGAGCAACAGGGUCGCAGACUGCUAGAGAGCCUGGGAGUAACAGGAAGUUAGCUGAGAGCCAAGACGAGCAACAGUGCUCAAAGAGCAGCCCCCUUCCAGGAACAGGAAGCAGCCCCUGUGAGACAGAUGAUGUCAUUGGCAGGCGCCAGACAGAUGGGGAAAGCAGGAGAAAAAAGCCUGAAGCAAAAGCCAGUUUGCAUCAUAGAUACCCACAACUGCAGGUCCAGUUGCAGAAGUUCACUGUUUCGGCAGACAAGACCCUGUCCUGGCUAAAGGACAAUGUUGCCAUGGCUACUCAGGUCUGCUGUGCAGAGAACUACCAGAGCUUUGAGGCAGCAAAGAGGUGCCAGGCAGCCCUGGAAGAUGAAAUCUUAUCAAACCGGACCCGGAUUGAAGUGGUCAAGAAGGAGGGAAGGAGUCUGGUUCGAGCCCAGCAUCCAGGAAGCACUAAGAUUGAAGAGUUUCUGAGACAGUUGGAAGUACUGUGGGAAGAGCUGAAGAAGAGACACCAGAAGAACGAUGCUGUUCUCCAGGAAUUAGAGAAGACGAACCUACAGGCUAUGACAGUUCUGAAGGACUUGCAUGACAUGGGGGAAUGGCUGAAAACAGUGGAGUCGUCCAUCUCUCUGUGUGCGCUGAGCGGAGACCCAGAGUCGAUGAACGCAGCCGAGAGGGAGAGCAGUCUGUUAGAAAACGAGGUGGCUUCCCGGGGACUGGAGCUCCGAGCACUGCGACAGGAAGUGGAGAAGCUGAGGAGCAGGCGGCACUUCCACAAAGAGGAACUUCCAUCCAAAAGGGGGGAGGUAGAGGAGAAGUACUACUGUGUGCAAAAUAUGCUGAAGCAGCAGACCUCCGAACUGCAGGACACACGCAUGCUGACAGAGUUCCUCGAGAAGGUGGAGAUGGAAGAGAACCAGGUCAAGAAGAGGAUAAGUCACAUGAGCAGCAUUGGGCAGCCCCUUCACAGUGAGCUGGGCUGUCAUGGGUCCUCCAUGCUGGUCCUGGCUGACGCGGGGCAGCAGCUGAUCGACAGUGGGCGCUUUGACUCAGAUGACAUCGCUGACCCCCUGGAAGAGCUCCGGGAGGCUGUGGAGAUGCUGAAUGACACCGUGCGGGAGCGGGGCAGAUCUCUGACUGAAGACCAUGGACUGGAAGAGCAGCUCAGGCGGUUAGGAGACACGCAUUCAAACAUCACAGCUAGGAUUAGCCGGAUGCUGUCCCAGAGUGCGGAGCUAAGCUCUGACAUUCUCAAGAUGGAGACCGACAUGUCUGUGAAGUGUGAACCUGACUUAUGCAGACUGGAGAAUUUAAACAACCAACAGGAAGACAUGGAGAUUGACUUUGAAGUCAUCAAAGAGGAGGUGGAUGAGAUGGAAAAGCAAGCUGCUCGCUUACAGGUUUUAUACCCAGAGAGAGUGCAGAUCCUUGGGGAACAGGUUCAAGAAACACUGCAGGCCUGGGAAGAGAUGGGCAAGUGCAUUGCAGAGAACAGUGGUAGGCUUUCCCAGGCCCUGCAGCUGCAGGAUUUCUUCAGAAAUUACCUGGCGAUGAUCUCAUGGACGGAGGACACUCGAACCUGUAUCUUCUCUGAGAGUCCAGUGAACCCUGGGAAAGAGGGGCGGCUACCAGAGACAGAAGAGCUGGAUACGAAGAUCGAGCAGAAGUUUCAGGAGUUUGAAGAACUGGCAGCAGCUGGACAGAAGUUAAUAGAUGAAGAACAUCAUUUAACAGAAAUAAUCAAGGAGAGAACAGAGGAGCUGAGGAGCAUGCUGGGAUGGAUCCUAGUUCGCUGGAGGGCACAAAAGCACCAGCGGAGUCGUGGGAAGACGAAAGCAGAGCCAAAGGGAGAUGUGAUCUACUCAGAGGCUACAGUGUGCACGCCUCAGUCAGUCCAGGGUUUCUCCCCUUGUCUGGAAGAACAGUAUGUUUUUCAAGAGCGAUCCACCGGCUGCCGGGUCGGGUCCUGCACAGAUAGACUACAUCCCCAAAAGCCACGCCACAGUUCGCAGUCUGAGGGGGGCUAUGAAGAAAUGACCCCGAUUCACCCCAAGGGCAGUGAACUCAACUCAUCAGGAGGCUCUUUGGAGGGGUUGCUGGUUCUGGAGUCCCCAGAGUCACCCCUGCUGGUGCUCAAAGAGCCGAGCGCCCCCUCACUCGGGGGUACAGUGAACCUCAUCCUCAGCUUUUCAAAAAAGAGGGAUAGCCAGCUGCAACUCCAGGACCCCAUGGAUGAAUCAGAGACCCAGGAGCCUAUUCACAGGCCCUCUGAGUCUAUAUCCUCUGGCUGUAAAAACUUUUGGAGGCGCUGCCAGGGCCUUUUGGAAAAUACUUUUGGUAGUUUAAAGAGAAAGAAAAAGAUUUGUCUGCAAAAUGCUGACGAGGUAAGUACCUAUUUGCAUGUUAAGGACAACAAAAAAGCAAUAUCACCUGUUUUUGAGAGUGUCACCCUGCCCCGUCUCAAUAGUAAGGGACAGCCCAAAGCCCCUCCUCUCUCAGAGGUCAGCACUGUGUCCUUUCACACCUUACCAAAAACCAGCUCCAGCUCCAUCUUCAACAGCUUGAAGAAGAGGGGCAAGAAGAAGAAGCGAGACGUUCGCAGGCACACCAUUCAGAAGAUCAUGGGUGUGGACCUUUCCGAAGGUGGGGCUGGUGAGGUUACAUCCAACACAAACACGUGGCCUCUGAAGGAAAGAGUAAAGGAUCCCACAAUCCCAUGUCCUGCCAGUGGAGAGCUUCUGGACUAUGUCAAAAACCCAUUGGUUAAAGACAUUGAUGCAGAGUGCACUGUCGUCCAAUCCUUUUCAGAUUUCAGUCAGCCAGGUGGAAGGGAAUGCUCUGUUAAAGGUGGCAGCACUUUGGCUGUAAAUAACAAUUGCAAGCGUCUUUGUCUGGGCUCUGUCUUGAGUUUUGAGCUACCCAAGGACAUGAACCUCAUUGGUAACAUUCCAGAUCUUAUCAAAAUCCAACCUCCUGACACAACAGCUGAUAGCCUCACUAUCAAUUCACUCUCUUCCUUUUGCAAGUCAGCCAAGUGUAAUACAGAUGCAGUGAAGGAUCUGGUAGAGGCAGAAGGCUGUUCAGGCUUAAGCACUACCAGGCAGGAUUCCAUAAAACCAAGAGUCUAUGAAGAGAUUUCAAACCAGAUUCCUAAAGGGGCACAGGGCCAGAAGAACGAGGGUCAAUGGUUCAAGCUGCAUAACCCAGAAACAGAUUCAAGCCCGUUCCAGCCUGCACUACCAACCACAGAGAAUCCUCAAAACAAGGGUCAGGACAGUCCCAGAGAUGACAUAUUUGACUUGAAGUUAAAGCGUCUCUCCCGAAUCAGUAUUCUUCAUGAGGAGGUUGGCCAUGAGUGGGACAAGCUGGCUGACGCUUUGGAUUCUACUUGUAGACUUAGCAACCAAAUAGGUGCUGUUGAUGAAGAAAGGCAAUACAGUACGACAGCAGCCAAUGGUUACUUACAAUCCAGUUCUGAGUUAUGUCAGAUGGGAAGGAGCACAUAUUGCGAACUGAGCAACAAUGAACACAAACUGGAUAAAAAGAAAGGAAGAUUUAAUGAGGUCUCUGGUUUUAAAAGUCCCCAAGCAACCUCCAGCAAGGUCAAAGCCCAAAUGACUCCCCACAGUGGAAGAGAAGUGUUGAGUGACUCAGUUCUUUGUAACAAUGUAAACGUUAAAACCUGCUCGGGGGAACAGACUGAAUCUGUAGCAAUUAGAGUCAACAGAAGCACAUUUAAACGAGACAAGGAAACCAAGACCAACAAAAGGGACAGAACCAGCAGCGAGCUUGGAGCAGCAGCAGUGGAUGUCAUCCACCCAGACCACCAGCAGUUUGAGGAAGAAGAGGAGGAACUAGAAGAUAUCUGGAACAAAAGCGUUGGUUACAGACAGAGCAUCUGCUCCGACAUCAUGUAUCAAACCUACAAUCAGGGACAGGACAGAACCUCCCCUGCGCAGCAAGAGGCAACAACCACUCCGUGUCAAGACAUCACAUACAGAAAGCUGGUCACUGCCUCUGCCCCCAACUUGCUGGUCGCUGAAUUUAGGCUGCCAGCCUCUAUACAGAACCUCCUGGGCUAUUGUAAAGAGUCGGACACCGGGGAGAAGAGCCCAACCAGUGACCACAGGAGGUCCUGGGACGCUUUCCCUCAUAAAGAACAGGCUAGCCGGCAGAUAGCUCCGAUUAACGAGACAGCCUCUGAUCAGGUGAAGCUGCCUAACGUAGCGGAUCAUCAAAAGUAUAUCUACAAGUAUAGAGAGGAGGAGGAGGACACAGGUAGUGUGAAGGACCAGUCGGUGAGCCUCCUGUCAGUUCACAUGGGCGUGGAGGGUAAUGGAAAGCAGCCAGUUUACUCUGAGGGCAUGGACUGUGACUGUGCAGAGCAGGGACACACAAUCAACACAAGGGGGCACUGUAGCAUCACGAAUGGAAACAAGGCAGAGUUUGAGUCAAUGGAGGGAACGCUGGAGAGGAAGCACAAGCUGCAGCUGGGAGGGAAAAGGGCAUCGUGUAGAACCUGGAACCCGUACCAUGCUGUGCUGUUCAAGCAGAGCCUGUGCUUUUACCAGGACAGAAAAGACAUGCUCCAGAGUUCUAUAGCUGGCGUUCCCCUCAACCUCACUGGAGCUGUUUGUAGUCCAGCACCAGAUUACACCAAAAAAAUGCACUGUUUCAGACUCCAGCUGCGGGAUGGCUCUGAAUAUCUGUUGAGCGCUCCUUCAGGAUUCCUAAUGAAGAAAUGGAUCCUGAAAAUCAAAGCAAAUACAGGGCUCAGUGAUCUGGACCCUGCCAGGUCAAUACCAGGAUGCCCCUUGCCAGUCGCACUAUGUUCCCAAUCUGCUGUUCCCUGCUCCUGCAGCACUGCAUGUAACUGUCCUCACGGGGGCGCCACCACUUCCCUUUCCUCAGGGCACCGUCAGUCAACCACUGCAAAGACUAAAGAAAUCACAGUCCUGACCAGAGAAAACACAAAAUUGCCAAACCGGCACCGUGGGCAUUCAGAAGACCUGGCGGCUCCACUUUCUUCAGACGCUGGUCAUCGUGAAGAUUACUACGGCUCGCUACAACAGUCCAUGAGAAAGAAGCUCCCUCAGAGGAACAGGGACGCCUCCGAGCUGCCACCGGAUUCCUUUCACACAGACCGAGACCAGGAGCUGGCGGUGAGCAAGCGUCGCUCCCACUCCUUUACCUCAGCUGCAUACCAGAAAAUAACUCCCAUCUCCAAGCCCUUGGGUGGGUCUGAAUUUGGACCCAGUUACUCCGUCACCCUGCUCAUUGGAGAGCAGUUAGGAGAAGCUGAGCCUGUCUCAAACAGUCCGGAGUCUACACUACACAGAGAACCACAGCUCAUUGGCUGGCACCCUGAAAUUCUCCUGGACAAACCAGGAGAAAGGAACUAUGGGAGUCUCCCCAGACCGAGAAACAAAUCCGUCUUCCAAAAGUUCUUUGGAAAGAAGGAAUAAAUUGAAGAGAUUCAUCACUGCUGCCAGGAUGUGCGAAAAAAAUGUAAAGUCACUGACGUUUUUUUUUUUUUUCCUUAUGUUUUUUAACCAGUAGGUGGUGAACAUAGCGCAUUCUUUUUUAAAAUCUAUUUAAAAGUUUACAUAACAAGAAAUGAACACAUCUUGAAAUAAUUAAUUAGCUGUUCACUAUUAAUCAUUUACACAAAUCAUUUUUACAUUUACAUUAAAUAACAAUAAUGACACCACUGUUAAAAAUUAUUCCUACAGCAUACAUGAACGUAUUUCAGGUCUAAGGCACCACUUUAUCACUAUCGCUUUUGCAGCUUGCUCUGAAUGCUGUGCAGACUAUCUAGUGGGCCCAAAAUCACACAAAUAAAAUGGGUUGUUGUGCAUCUUCACUUUCAAUGUAUAGUGUAAUAUAUGCAUGAAAAUAAGAUGUUGUCUUUUUCAAAAGCAUGAAAUCCUGUAGCAGUAUAUACACAUGCAAAGUAUGAGUUAAGUAAAUUGCUAUCCAGGAAUCACUACAGACCCUCUUAUUUCUUGGCAGCUCAGCUCAGCAAAUGCAUUUUCAAUGUAUCGUUCACUUAGUAUGUGCUCAGUUGCGAUGGUUUCUUAAGUAUUAAUGAAACCCAACAAUCACAAUUAAUUAGAGUAAUAAAGCUAAAACCCAACAUGUUUUAAGAAAAAUAGCCAAUAUUUGAACCAAUAUCUCACCCAACAAUUCAUAAUCAUUGUGUGUAUGUGUGUGUGAGUGCUGUUAGUUUUCUGUUGUGAGUUGACGUUUUGCCAUUACACACGAGUACAAAUACACACGAUAAAUCAAUUUGAAUUAGAAUAUACAUUCCUGUAUUCCGGAACAAAAACCAUCUAUUUUAAAACAAAAUACCUACUCAUUUGAAAUCUUCAGCUAACAGAUUUUGUGAAUACUGGUUUUCACACUAACACAACUCUGUACCCUUUCGUUUGUUUAUGUUGUGUUUUGGUUGCUUGGUAUCAAAGUGUUUUUAAAGACCACUCUGUUCCAGUGUUGUUAGUUUUUACUGUGUGCUGUUGGCUCUAGUUGCACUUCCUUCCUCCCGAGGUCUCCUGUAUGCUUGUUAUUUAAAAAGAAACUUGAAACAUGCUGUGUUAUGAAACCCUGUACACUGUGGUAGAAAUAUAUCGGUAUAUCUCAGUAGUAGUAAUGGAUUUGAGAGCGAAAGGUUAUGGGAAAUUGUGCUUAUCACGCAACAAUACAAAUAAAGUUGUGCAGAAUGUCAAUAUCAUUAUUAUGUCAUGUUUAUUGUUUAGUUUACUGCAUGAUUUUAGUAAUAUGAUUCCCCUUCCCCCUAACAUUGUUUAAUAUGGAGCAUGCUGUAGUUCAAAGAGACCCAGACCUUUUCACUGAAUUAUAUUGGCUAACCAAUAUUCUAAACUAAUCCCACCAUUCCAAACAGACCCCCCUACUGUCUACUUGUAUGUGUAUAUCCCUUGGUUGAUGGUCCUCAGAUUUGUCGUAGGUCGUACCUCAGUUAAGAGGGGCUCCUGCUGGACCGGAGGAUGAGAUCCCGGGUCUAACCAUUCUAUACUACCUGAGUCCAGCACAUCUUUCAAUUAAAGAGCAAUGCCUCUAGCAAUCCAUUUAUACCACAUCAACUUCAAACUUAAAUAUCACACUGAAUAAACAACUUACAGUACACAUUUCAACUAACAUAUUUCAGUAAUAAUACAAAGCAAUUGUGCACUGUUAAGUUUUGUAUAUGACUUUAUUUUGUGGCACAUUUCAACUAUAGAAUAUAGAACACAUUAUACUAUGUAUUUAAUCUUUUGCAUUCAAUUUAAGUAUAGAUACAGCAUGUUAUUAUGCACACCAAUCUCAUCUGCAUAGCUGCUCACUAAUACUAAAAUAUAUUAUUAUUGCAUGGUUACAAUAUGACCUGUGGCAUUUCCUUUUAAACAAUCUACAGGUCUAAUUACAUAUUAUUUGGAGAACCCAAUAGGCUAGUGGAGAUUUGAAUGUAUGGUAUAUAUUAUUAACAUGCCUUGUGUAUAGCCAAAUGGACUACUUUAUGUUGUUGUUGUUGUUUUUUUUUUACUGUAUGCAAGUUGAUAAAAUAAUAAGAAUCUACUGUACCACUCAAUACUUUUAUUUAAGAAAUACUACAGCCUUGGGUUUUGAUUUAUUCCAUUUGGAAGGUGUUCCCACACGAGUAAUAGAUGAGCUUUUAUAUGCAUAGUUUGGCUGUGUGGUCCAGUGGUUAAAGAAAAGGGCUAGUAACCAGGAGUUCCCUGGUUCAAAUUCCACCUCAGCCACUGACUCGUUGUUGAUCCUGAGCAAGUCACUUAACCUCCUUGUGCUCCGUCUUUCGGGUGAGACGUAACUGUAAGUGACUCUGCAGCUGAUGCAUAGUUCACACACCCUAGUCUCUGUAAGUCGCCUUGGAUAAAGGCGUCUGCUAAAUAAACAAAUAAUAAUGUAAACAGCUUUAACUAGUACACCAGACACUCUGACAAUCAAAAAUAAUAACAGAAAUCAAAUUUUUCAGGAUUCCUUCUUUUUUGGAGUUGGUUUACUCCUUAGAGCAGCGGUAUCAAUGUUUAGCUUGUGUUGAAUGUAAGGAAUGUGCUGCAGGAAAUAUGAAUUUGAUUGUUUUUGUCCUUUCAGAGCUCCCAUUCAAAGAAACAUUUACUGUCAAAACAGAACUUCCAGUAACUGAGCAAAAGAAACCAAAAACUGGAACUGAAGUACAAAAAAAACAAUAGGUUAUGAGUAUAUUUCCUAAGAAUAUACCCAUUAAGGGGAAAUACAAUAAAGCCAUGAUAUUAAAGGAUUUUUAACCUCUCUGUUUGAAGCGUUUAGAACCUUGCCUGGAUCACUGAGUUCCAUCAGUGGAAUAAAGUCUGAAAUACCAUUAUCCAAACUAUAUCUGCAGCGAUAUCCAGCUUGUCAUUUAUGUGGAAACUAUUACAGAUGUGCUUCAUAAAUAUGUCAGCAGUUUGAAACUGCUUUUGUGUUACAAUUUGUAUUAACUACAAUACCAUAAGAUAAUAAUCAUUUUGUAUUUAAUUCUGUUUCUUUUGCAUCUAUGUUUAUGGAAAUGUGGUUUUAAAAGAGUGCUGUGCAGAUCCUUUUAAUAAAUCAGUUUUUCUUUUUUUUAUUAA